UGUCCCCAUAAUACGUACAACGAUGGCUCUACAAUUUACUGUCAACCCUGCCCAGCAAACUCAGGCCAUAGUCUCACUGGAAGCAGGAGUGUAUCUGAUUGUAAGUGUUUCAAAGGAUAUCAAGGCCGUCCAGAGAUUGGUAACCCCUGUACAGGUGAGAAAGACCCUUUUUUCGCCUCAUCCACACGUUAUUUUUCGGAUGUUUUUGAAAACGGAAGUUUUUUAUCCGUCUCAAUUAGCCUUCUGUCCAUAUGUAAACGGCGUUUUCCGCCACCAGAAACGCUGGUUUUCAUAUACGAUCCCCAGGGAGGAGAUUUUUGAAAACGCCGGCUUCUCGGUUUUUCUCUCUAGCUUUGGACGGACGAAAACCGUCAUACAUCAUAUACUACUAGCAUAACGCAUACUCUUAAGGUGACUUGACCCAGUUUUUUUGGGGGGGUACCAUCCUACUUUGAAGCUCUCUGGUAUCCCCACCUUUACUUUUAUCGUAAGUCUAACACAUAGAAUGGAUAACAUAUAGAUCGAUCUACAAUAUAACAAAAUUUUUGGCGAUCGGAGUAAAUGUCACGUGGUUAUAAUGCCACGCCCCUUUGAGGUCUGAGUCGAAAAUCGGCUGUUGCCGGCAUUUUUUUGUGAAAAUCUCUCGGCUACACGUAGUGCGCGUUAGUGCCUUGCGCUGAACACAGUUUCACCAAAAUCGCAAAGACCCAAUUCGAGAAAUUCAGUGGUUUCCAAAAUUAGGUCAUAAUUUAUGCGAAAAUGAUAAGCAAACUUUACACGGAUUAUAUAUAAUAAACUAUGAGAUUCAUCUCUUUAUUUUGGGCAUCGUUAUAACAGAUGGGUCCUUGCAAGUCAGCAAAACGCUUUAGGGCCUUGUAAAUGCGCGCGAUUUCGAGCAAAGCAAACAUAUAGAAAUUAUAGUUUUCGCUAUUUGUUGACGUUUGUCAGCGUUUAAGAGUCCUUCUCACGAAAAAAGCAUUUUCUUAAAAAUUCGUAGUUUUUUUUCCUUCAAAUUUUUUCGGGGCCACAAAUGAUUAACUAACUACCCGGACUCUGAAUUUCAUGGUCAUUGAAAAACUGUGACAUUAUCUUCUAUAAGCUCAAAUUUGAGUAAACAUUGAAGAUUUUUAGCGUUUUGGCUGAGUUUGUGCUUUGGGAGUUGUCUAUUGUUUCUAGUCUGUCAUUAUACAGCAUUCUUGUUCAUCACGCGUGCAAUGACCGCGCUUGGCUGACUUCCGAAUGCUCACCGAGAUAUUAUAAUUUUGGUACAGUGAGACAGGCCAUCGCGUGAUACAUAGAGGUUUAACUAACAAUUUUUAAUCAAUUCUCGUGCUUCUUGUGUCUUUGCAAAAAAAUCAAGAAGUGCUACACACUAAGUCUACUUACUAUUACAAAAAUACCAUUUUUUCAUAGGUUUAAUGCAAGCCAAUAAUUAAACCAACUCGUGACGGGAAUAUCUCGGUGAGCAUUCGGAAGUCAGCCAAGCGUGGUCAUUGCACGUGUGCUGAACAAGAAUGCUGUAUAAUGACAGACUAGAAACAAUAGACAACUCCCAAAGCACAAACUCAGCCAAAACGCUAAAAAUCUACAAUGUUUACUCAAGUUUGAGCUCAUAGAAGAUAAUGUCACAGUUUUUCAAUGACCAUGAAAUUCAGAGUCCGGGUAGUUAGUUAAUCAAUUGUGGCCCUGAAAAAAUUUGAAGGAAAAAAGACGACCACGAAUUUUUAAGAAAAUGCUUUUUUCGUGAGAAGGACUCUUAAACGCUGACAAACGUCAACAAAUAGCGAAAACUAUAAUUUCUAUAUGUUUGCUUUGCUCGAAAUCGCGCGCAUUUACAAGGCCCUAAAGCGUUUUGCUGACUUGCAAGGACCCAUCUGUUAUAACGAUGCCCAAAAUAAAGGGAUGAAUCUCUUGGUUUAUUAGAUGUAAUCCGUGUAAAGUUUGCUUAUCAUUUUCGCAUAAAUUAUGACCUAAAUUUGGAAACUACUGAAUUUCUCGAAUUGGGUCUUUGCGAUUUUGGUGAAACUGUGUUCAGCGCAAGGCACUAAUGCGCACUAUGUGUAGCCGAGAGAUUUUCACAAAAAAAUGCCGGCAACAGCCGCUUUUCGACUCAGACCUCAAAGGGGCGUGGCAUUAUAGCCACGUGACAUUUACUCCGAUCGCCAAAAAAUUUGUUAGAUUGUAGAUUGACCUAUAUGUUAUCCAUUCUAUGUGUUAGACUUACGAUAAAGGUAAAGGUGGGGAUACCAGAGAGCUUCAAAGUAGGAUGGUACCCCCCAAAAAAAACUGGGUCAAGUCACCUUAAAGGGAUGCUAUCGUAAAUUCGUAGUUUUGGCGUUUUCAUGAGGACAAGCGAAAAAGUUAGAUAUACUGAGCCUACGUGUGGACGCGUUUUUCUUAUUGACGACAUAGAAAAAAAUCUUCGUUUUGAAAAAUUUUCGGAUCUGUGUGGACCGAGCGGCUUAGUUUUCUAUUUAAAGUUAACUAAGUAAUUAUUGUUUACUUGCGCCAAUUUAUAAGGGACGGACCAUUAGAAAACUUAUGGGGGGGGGGCGAAGUACAAAAAAAAAAUUCGCGCAAGGGAAAAUUAAAUGAAAAAAAAUUCUUGCAAGCCAAUUAACCCUAAGAAAUAUUCAUGCAAGGGCCUGAAAAAAAUUCAUACAAGGAAUUUGAUAACGAAAAAAAAUUCCUGCAGCUCGAAAAUUCCCCUCCCCCCCAAUAACUUUUCUAAUGGUCCGUCCCUAAGUAAUAUUUGUUGGAUGUAAUUGUGAUAAGAAUAAAUGACACGUUUAACAUAAACAUUUGAUUAAGAACUGUUUAUUUUACGAUAGUCGUUUACUUAAGUUUAUUAGAGUGAGGCCUAAGCAAAUGUUAAUUUAUCACUAAUGAUUGAUUUAUAUUGACUCCAAUAACACGAUCAUAAAAAAAGCUUUAUUCCUUAGUGUGAUUUUCUGCACAUUGUUCGUUCGGACUGGUCCCUAUUACUGGGACGAUUGUUGAAAGAGUAGCGGCACCUAUAACUGAGCUCGCUGGACAUGAACUUUAAAACUCGGCUACAGAAUUAUCAUAUUAGGGACUAAAGCGGAAUACAAUCAAUACAGUCACACGUGUUACUGCCUUGAUCUGGGUAGUGUUUGUACCGUGUCUCAUAGGGACAAAACACUUCCCAAAAUCCAAAACACGUCCCAGAAUCCAAAAACACGUCCCAGAAUCCAAAACACGUCCCAGAAUCUAAAAGUGUUGUGGGAAAAAAAUGGGUUUUUGGAUGUGUUUUUGGUUUUUGGGGACGUGUUUUGGAUCAUUAGAAGGGUUUUUGGAUUCUCGGAUCGAAGUGUUUGGGAUUCUGGAAGUGUUUUUGGAUUCUGGGACGUGUUUUGGACCCAGGGAAGUGUUUUUGGAUUCUGGAAAGUAUUUUGGAUUCUGGGAUGUGUUUUGGACCCUGGGACGUGUUUUAGAUUCUGGGAAGUGUUUUUUGAUUCUGGGACGUGUUUUGUCCCUACGAGCCACCGUAUGUUUGUGAUUGUUUGAAGAAAAUAUUUUUCGCGGCAUGAUCUGUCAGAAGUACUACCUAGCUCUUGGUGGCAAGACAUCAGUAUGGAAUUCCUGCGCUCGUUCCUCAUAGAUCAUUUCGCGGGGAAACCAUGUGGUGGCGUCGGCUGCAUUCUCAGUCUAGCAGCGCCCACUGAUUCAAGUUAAUGGGUUUCUAUUUUUUUUCUUGAGUAUAGUUAGAUCAUGUGACAAGUUGAACCCCCCAAGCAACGGCGCUUUUAUUGGUGUCUGCAACUCGAAAUACAACUCAGUUUGUCGAAUCAAAUGCAAUGAAGGCUAUGAAGUAUCAGGCAGUGCAGAGAGGAAGUGCAUCGUGGCCGCUGGACCUAACAUCAUUUUUUGGUCUGGAUCCCCAUUCCAAUGCCAAGGUGAGAUAAAAACCUCGACCUAAAUUUGUACAUCACUGCCAUUAUUGGUGUAAAAGUGUUGGCAGUCGGUCUUUUUUUAUCUUUUUAUCAACCUGAAAAGUUCUAUUUACUCUGCAAGACUGCCAUUCAUUUUGAAUAAGAGCCUAACCGCCUACAAGAGAGCGUAAAAGGACCAGAGGGUUAGUCUUCCAAUCCCCAACGUAAUACCUCUUAAGUUAUUUUUAGGCUGUGUCGAUUUUCCCGCGGGUAAUGUUAUCUCGAAAAGAAAAAAAGAAGCAAGAGGCAUCAGUUCACCUUUAGAGGGAGGGGCAAAAUGAUUAAGAAAACAUGUCCCAGUGAACGCAAUUUAUGCAAUUGCGUAAAGAAGCCUGAAAAAAAAAUUCAGGACUUCAACGGGGUUUGAACCCGUGACUUCGCGAUACCGGUGCGAUGCUCUACCAACUGAGCUAUGAAGCCACUGACGUUGGGAGCAGGUCAAUUGUGGGUUCAUAUGUUCCCCUGAAGGAAAUGAGUUUAAUGAUAUAUGAAAUAAAUCAUAUAUGAACUGCGGAAAUGAAAUAAAUUGACCUGCUCCCAACGUCAGUGGCUUCAUAGCUCAGUUGGUAGAGCAUCGCACCGGUAUCGCCAGGUCACGGGUUCAAACCCUGUUGAAGUCGUGAAUUUUUUUCAGGCUUCUUUACGCAAUUGCAUAAACUGCGUUCACUGGGACAUGUUUUCUUAAUCAUUUUGCCCCUCCCUCUAAAGGUGAACUGAUGUCUCUUGCUUCUUUUUUUCUUUUUUGCUUAAAGUUGCAUGUUAUUAAUUUAGAUUUCAUUGCUUUUAUCAUAAGUAUAGAAACAGAGGAUUCGCUUUUAGCCCUGGCUAAAUCUAUAUAUUUUAAAGUUUUUUCAUUGAGCAGUCGAAUUUGUUUCAACAUAAAAACGCGGUGUCAAAGCGAAACAAGUUUAGACUUCUUUCGUGGGGGAGGAACCGUCUCUGAGGGUGACAAAAUUCAAGUUUUGUGUGCACAUAACACCGUAAAGAAAGCCAAAUUGUUUCCAUUGCUUUUUCAUAGAUCGUACUGGCCGAGUGAAAUUAGAGACGAUUCAAAGACGGGGAAGAUUACGAGUAAGAGGUUUUCUCAAUGCUAAGUACGGCCGUGAGUAGUGCUCGGUUGUAAACCAUCGUCAUUUUGGCGAGAAAACGUGGUAGCCGUCGUCAUUCUACUACAAGUUCUAGCGACAAACAUUGUAUUAAAUAACGGAAACAGGUUAUCGGGAGUUGUAUCAUUUUGUGAUCGGAGAGGGCUUAACCUUCUCCAAUAAAGAUAACAGUGGUAAAUUUUCUGGUGAAAAAACAAAAGUACAAUAUAUGAAGCAUUCCGGGUUGUCUAUUUUUGGAAUAACUUUGAAUCAAAUCUUGUACUCGUAGUCGUUCUUGUCCUCGAAUCUAAAGGUCUCUAGUUUCAUGGCUUUGAUUUUAAGGGGAAAAAGCGAAGACCGAUGGAGUAUCUGAACAGCUAAGUGCCACAAAGAGCUAAACCACGAGAUAGGUGAUGACAAACGUUUAUAAACAUGUUGAGAUUCCAGGUGACCGCUUUUACUAACCUACUCGUCCUUCGAGGUGCUUGCAUAUUCAGACUAGCUGUAUUUUAUAUACCAGCCUACUUUUGUCUGGUUUUACGGAAGACUCCUGAAAGCAAUCUCCUUUCAGACAUAACGAUAUAUUUAAGAUUUUUCAUAAAUACUGAAAUUUUUAUGCAUUUAUAAAAUAGAUUGAUUUUAUAUAUAUAUGUUAAAAGACUUCUCUUCUUUUUUUUUUUCUCGAAGAUAUUAGCCUUUCAGGCUACUUUGAAAUUCGAGUAUAAAUAAAGGUCAUGUUAUGCUAUGCAUGUUAAUUAACCAUGGCCAAUAAAUGAUGAUGAUAAUGAUGAUGAUGAUGAUGAUGAUGAUCAUAAUGACACUAAAUAUUAUAAUGAUGACAUUUUUACUUCUAGCUAUUAGAUGUCCUCCGCUUUUCGUGCGUGACGCCGAUCCACCUACUGGUAUAUGCUCAAACCCUGAAUUAUCCUACCACUCCUACUGUUCCUUCAAAUGCAGAUUUGGAUAUCGGCAGAAAGGCUCCGAGGUGCGUGUUUGUCAACUCAACAAGACUUGGUCUGGGACUUCAACAACAUGUGAAGGUACACGACGUAUUACUCUGCUAUAA